CGAACUGAAAAUCAGUAGAAAAAAAAUGACAAACUCUAAAUGAAACCAAGUUCGCAUCGUGAUGCAGAACACUUGACAAGACAAUUAGUGGCUCCAGCGAGAAGUGCAAUUAAGUUUAAAUAGUCUAAUUAGUGUAAGGGCGGGCCUAAACAUGAAUUUUACAUAUGUGUUCGUGCUCAUUUGGCUGGCCUAUCUAAUAUGCAGCGGAGUGCUGCUUUUCUCUCGAGGAUUUCUACUUGCACGCGUAUCCAAAACGGAGACAAGCAGUUGCCGGCGUCUAUCCAACAAUCCCAAUGAUGAGUAUUUCCUUACGCCAGAGGUUGUGAAUGAGAUAUUUAAGGAUGUAAAUGCCUCAUCAUCAUCGAAUCUAUGUCUUCCACAAAAGUCCAAAGUCAUAAUGCUCGUCAUUGAUGCAUUAAAAUACGAAUUUGGCGUUUAUAAUGAGAACACCACCGAACUGUUGCCUUAUGAGAAUAAACUGGAUACACUGCAUCAAUUGCUGCAGCAAUCGCCGGGGAAUGCUCGUCUAAUGCGUUUUAAAGCGGAUCCACCAACGACCACACUGCAACGCCUGAAGGGCCUAACCACCGGCAGUCUGCCCACGUUUAUUGAUAUUGGCUCUAACUUUGCCUCACCGGAGAUCAAUGAGGACAACGUGAUCGAUCAGAUUGUGAAGACCGACUUGCCUUUGGUAUUCCUGGGCGACAGCACGUGGACUGAUUUAUAUCCUCGACGCUUUAAGCGCGCCUACUCCUAUCCCAGCUUCGAUAUCUUCGAUCUGGACAGCGUCGACAAUCAAAUUAUGCAGCAUCUGCCCAAAGAGCUGGCCAGCAAUGAUUGGCAGGUGCUGAUUGCGCAUUUUCUGGGCGUGGAUCACUGUGGACACAAGCACGGACCCAUGCACGAGGAAAUGUCGCGCAAAUUGAGCGAAAUGAAUGACAUUAUAAAAUCUGUUGUGGCUGGCAUGGAUAAUGAGACCACGCUGCUGAUAAUGGGCGAUCAUGGUAUGACGGCAAGUGGUGAUCAUGGCGGCGACACUGAUGACGAAACCAAUGCUCUGCUGUUUGCCUACUCCAAGCAGCAUAAAUUCUUCACCAGCAGUGAUGCGGGCUCAGAUAACGAAAUGCUGCAGCAGAUUGAUCUAGUGCCCACACUGUCGACCAUACUCGGCGUGCCGAUACCCUACUCAAAUCUGGGCUUAAUCAAUUUUAAUAUUGUGCCCGCUGUCGCUGUGCCCCAUUUGAGUAAAUUUCAAACAUUGCUGCUCCACGCCUGGCAGAAUGCCCAUCAAAUCUAUCGCUAUUUCUUCAACUAUGCGCUGGAGAACAAACGCACCUUCAAUGUGGAGCAAAUGGAUAAGCUGGAAACGGAAUUCAUACUGCUCACACAUCGUGUGCAAACAAUUUAUAAUGAAGCGGCCUUCAAGUCGUUUGUGCGCGAUCUAAAUAUGAAUCUACGUGACAUACUCAACGUCUGUCGCGAGAUCUGGGUUAAGUUUGAGCCCACGCAAAUGUCGCAGGGUCUUCUCUUCAGCUUUCUGCCCAUCUUCUUUGCCUUUCUGCUCAUUAACAACUCAAGUGCCAGCGAUUAUGCGAAGAUAUUUAAACCCAAAGAAGUCUUCUACGUGUUUCUCAUGAAUAUUGCCGCUGGCGUCUUUGGCUAUCGCUACUAUAAGAACUUCUCGUUCAAGACGGAGGAACAUGGGGUCAUUUUCUUUACCAGCGUGCUCAGCUCUGUGCUGCUGGCCUUUUAUACGCUGCGUCACUGGAAUAGUAUUGCAAACAAUUGGGCGAGUGUCAAGCGUUUUGCCCAUAUGCCCACACGUCUGCUGCUCUUCUCCAUGAUGGCUGUGUUCUUCUCCAACAGCUUUGUCAUACAGGAGGCCAAGAUUUUGUCCUAUCUGCUUGUUGCUGCUAUUUUGCUACUUGUCUAUGAGCUGCUGCUGCUAAGCGCACGUCUGGACUUUAAGAACAAGUUUAAGUGGUCACAGUUUUUGCGCUCCGCAGCGUUCCGUCUAAUUUUGGCCAGCUUGUUGGCCAUUUGCUGUAUCCGUUUCGCCUACACGCUGUUUCGUUGCCGCGAGGAGCAGGGCAAUUGUGCUGACUUUGCCAGCAAUAGUACGCCGGGCUUUUCAGUGAAGAGACCCAGCAUGGGCAAGACCUACAUUCUGGCUGUAGUCAUACUUGUUCUAUACACAACGCUGACACGCUUAUAUUUACGCUCUUGCGGCAAUUUGACGGGAAAUUCAGCCAAUGUGAUGUUGGCUCGCUACGGACCGACUGUCGCUUCGAUUUGUGCUGGGGGUCACAUACUGCUCGCGAAUAGCGCCAUAAAGAACAUUCAACGCACCCAUAUCGAUGCCAUGGCGUUGGUCAUCUAUGGCCUGUUACUGCUGCAAAUCGUUGUCGUCUCAUGGACGCCGCUGAUGACGUUUGUGCUGCCGCCAAAGAAUCCCAAUAGCAUCACCAUUAAUGGUCGCGACAGCAUUGUGCCGGAAAUAUUUCGAAAAAUGAAGCGUAUGUAUGAAGGUGAUGAUGCGGAACAGAGCUACGCGAUACCCGUCGUCUAUGGUCUGGCCACCGUCUACUCAUCGAUCAUCAUUUCGUUUGGCGUCUUUCUGGCCAUGCUGAUGAUUGUGGUGCUCGAGCCGCAUGCCAGCAUUGGCCUAAUUGUCUGCAUCGUCGUCGGCGCCAUCAUCUUGAGUAUCCAUAGCAUUCUACGUUAUCGCACGGCCACAAGUUUUGAGAGCUGUGUGCAGCCGACUUUUAGCGCUGUGGUUGCCUGGUUUCUGCUCGCGCACUUUUGCUUCUUUGCCACAUCGCAUCAGACGACGCUGUCACAGAUCGAUUGGCGAGCCGCCUUUGUCGGUCGCUCCAGCGCAUUGGGACAGUCGCAUCUCAUUUCCGGCACUUUGGUCAUAUUAAACACGUUCUGUGGUCCCAUCUUCUUUUACUGUAUGUACUCGCUGCUCAGUACGGAGACAUUUUCGCUGUUUGCGCUAUUUCCCAGCCUCAUUAAGAGCAGCAGCAACAGUCGCACCAGCAACAAAUCGGAUGCAGCUGUUGCAUUAUCUGAUAUUGCCACUGAAGCGGUCGGAUUUGAUAUGACGCGUGGCGAGUUGGCGUUGUAUGAAUACGAGGAUGUGUUUCUAGGCGCUGGUUUCAAACUGGCCACUCAGCUCUUCAUGCUGCAGGGCAUCAAGAUCUUCUGUGCCAUGUUGGCCUGCACCAUACACUGUCGUCAUCUGAUGGUUUGGAAAAUCUUCGCUCCACGCUUCAUCUACGAGGCGCUGGCCACUUUUGUCGGCCUGCCAUCAUUAAUUGUGGGCUAUCUGCUGUUGUUGCGCAUCAAUCGCGCUGUCGAUGGACUCAUUAAGCGCAUCAACAAGGAUAAAUAGUUGACAGCCAAUUAAUAGCUGCCUUUGUUCUAGUCCCACAGUCGUAUUAACUCAAACAUCUUGUAUUUAAGCAUUAAAUUUUAUAUUGCCAGAGUUUGUAUUUUGCCUAUAGCUUUUAUUUAUUUAGCUUUUACUAAAUUAUAGAAAAUAAAAACAGUAUAAAAAGAAA